GGUUUGCAAGUACCCACCCACCACUAGAUACACGAUGGUUCCCCGCAACACCUGCAGAAAUUUCACGGAUGACAUUUGCUUCCUUUACGCACCACCUCAGCGUGUCUAGCAGGUGUGGAACAACAUGUCCUGGGUGGAUUUUUCUCCCCAAUGCUGGAGGCUACACGCUGGAGCCAUGUGGAGCGCGCCCACGUCCCUCGGAGGAGGCAAACAUCAUCAGCAACUCCUGUGAGGAAGGAAGAGAAACACUUGCUUGGAAAAGAUCUGUCGCGGCGGAAACACAAGAGAGAAGAGAUGGUAGAGAAUUCCGUCCCCCCAGUGGCCGCACCUGACCUCCUUGACCCUAAGUCUGCCGCCCACAACUCCAAGCCCCGCUUGUCGUUCUCGGCCAAGCCGGUGGUGCUGACGUGCCCGGAGGACGAGUGUGACACGCGCAUGACCGUCAUGAGGUGGAAAACCGUGUCAGCCAUCUUCUUCCUGGUGGUGCUGUAUCUCAUCAUCGGCGCCACGGUGUUCCGGGCGCUGGAGCAGCCGCACGAGAGCUCCCAGAAACUGGCCAUCCUUGCAGAGAAGCUGGAGUUCUUGGCCGUGCACGCCUGUGUCAACUCCUCUGAGCUGGAGGACCUGGUCAAGCAAGUGGUUUCUGCGGUUCGAGCAGGUGUGAACCCAUCGGGAAAUUCCUUCAACCAGACGAGCCUGUGGGACCUCAGCUCGUCCUUUUUCUUUGCGGGAACUGUCAUCACCACCAUUGGAUUCGGGAACACCUCCCCUCACACAGAAGGGGGGCGGAUAUUCUGCAUCAUCUACGCCCUAAUGGGGAUUCCCCUCUUUGGUUUCUUGCUGGCUGGCGUCGGCGAUCAGCUGGGCACCAUCUUUGGGAAGGGCAUCGCCAAAGUGGAGCGGAUGAUAGUGAAAUGGAAAGUCAGCCAGACAAAGAUCCGCGUAAUCUCCACGCUGCUCUUCAUCCUGUUUGGCUGUCUCAUCUUUGUGGCGCUGCCAGCUGUCAUCUUCAAGCACAUCGAGGGCUGGAGCACUCUGGAGUCCAUCUACUUUGUGGUCAUCACCCUCACCACCAUCGGCUUUGGAGACUUUGUCGCCGGGGAAAAAGGUGGUUCAGAGAGUCCAGAAUACCUGAAGUACUACAAACCUGUGGUGUGGUUCUGGAUCCUGGUGGGCCUGGCCUAUUUCGCUGCAGUUCUCAGCAUGAUCGGAGACUGGUUUCGGGUCAUAUCCAAGAAAACUAAAGAGGAGGUUGGCGAGUUCCGGGCUCACGCGGCAGAGUGGACAGCCAACGUGUCGGCGGAGUUCAAAGAGACCCGACGGCGACUCAGUGUGGACAUCUACGACAGGUUCCAGCGUGCCGCGUCCAUCAAGCGCAAACUGUCCUCCGAGCUUGGCAUCAACACCUCCAUAAACCAGGAAAUGACACCUGGCAGGCGGACACUGUCGGCCAACUUUGGCGAGGACAGAGAAACGUACUCCAACUUGACUCUCUCCCUCAGCCCCGUCCCGGGGGCCAUGAACAGGAAUGGCAGUCUCUUCCUUAACGGCCUCAGCCCGGACUUUGCGGACCGGCGGGACAUUGCAGUCAGUGAAAACCCCAAAUGAGGAAAAAAAAGCAUUUAGGGGACAACCAACAUCCAAGAUUUAGAAGAUGAACCUUCAGAUUGUCUCAAACAUAAAUUCAUCAUGUUUGUGCCAACAUGGUCGUCACCGUGUUCUCAUUAGAAUUUAGUAGGAAGUCCUCCAAAAUGACUCCACAAAUAUGGUGGACAUGCUGCCACGCAAUCUACAAACUUGGCCGCCAUGAUAGAUCACUCCACAAGCAUGGCCGACAUGCUGCAACACGCUUCUAACAUUUCUUUUCACUACUUAAAUUAUAGCAGACAUGAUGCAGUACAAUCCACAACAUCGGUCAGCAUGACACAGCACUCAAGCAUGGCCGACAUACAACAACCCUCAACAAGCACGGAUGAAAUUAUGAAAAACUUAGAAAAAAUACGUCAGACUUGCUGUACUCCACACUUGCUUUUUUCCACAAACAUGGCGGACAUAAUGCAAAAUCCAGAAGUGUGGCCGACAUGCUGCAAGACACGCCGCAAACAUUUUUUUGUUCACUCCACAAUUCACAGCAGACAUGAUGCAACCCUCCACAAGCAUGGCUGAAAUGAUGCAAAACGUAAACGAAUCGUGGCAGACAUGCUGUAACAGACAUGCUGACAUGAUUCGACACACUCCACAAACAUGGCCGCUGCUGCUUAAAAUGCAUUUUUUGUAAUAAAUCCUACUAAAUCCUGGUGGGUACACACUCUUAUUUACUGUGUUAGCGACUGAGCCAAAUCUGAAGCUUGUUCUGGGAGAGAGGAAGGAAAAAAAAAAAAAAAAGAUUGUAUCGGAUGCAAGAAAGAGCCAGUAUCUAAAUGCAUUGGUAAAUCUAGAAAGCAACGGAUGUAAUUGUGUUCAUCUAGUACAGAUUUACCAGAGGCCCUGACAUCUGCAUCAGAUAUAUCAGUGGAUCCUCUGCUCUCAACGCGAUAAUGCAUCUGUGCAAAACAAACAAAAAACCAUAUAAGGAAUGUGUUGGUUUUAUCUUGAAUACUUUUUACUCCAAGCAUCGACAUGCAUUGUGUGUUCCGAUUGAGCAGCUCGCGAGAUGAAGAUGAAUGUAGACGUGUUUUUGCUGACCGGCAAACGGCUUUUCGACCCUAAGGGAUCACCGGUGUGUGCCUUACUGAAAAGCUCGCAGCGAACCACGAUGCAUGAAAGACUGAGCAUGUAUCAUUUGAGCAUUGAUGUACAUUCUGGGGGAAAAGUGGAUCAAAAAUUCAUUAUAGUAUAGAGAAUAUCUUAUAUUUGAAGCAUUUUCAACCAGUGUUCAAGAUAUUGACAUGCAGUGCCGGGCUCCAUGAGACCAAAGGAAUAAUAAUAAUAAUUUUCCAAAGGCCAUUCAGGUUUUCGAUAUAUAUAUAUAUAUAUCUCUCUCCCUGGUGGUGUAAUAGUACAUCCGCUGUGCAAAACCAAGCCAAAAUCAUUCAUGCAAUCGACCCGUGCACACUCACUAGCCACAAUAUUAGGCACAACAAUGUGAUCCAACGCAAACGUUCUGCCUAUUUUCAGUUUUGAUGGACACAGUCAUAGAGAUGUUUAUUAUUUUAGGGUGUAGCGGUUUAGAGGUGCACUGCAUAACACUGAGUGCUACAGGCGUACCUAAUAUUGCGUACCUCUUAUUGCAUUAAACCCCCCCACAAUGGAAGCUGUCAAUCAAAGCAAUUCUGUCUAGGGAGCGUUACAUCAUAUGUCACAUGGUCACGUGUCCGUGUGCUCAUACUGUAUAUUGAUGAACCAACACCUUGUUCUUGUCUUCUCUAGACAGUCAUGUUUUUCCUCAAAAUACCACUAUGGGGAUGUUGAAUGUGUUUUUCCAUUCAUGAAACGCAUAUUGAAUGUAAGCAUACUGCAAUGUUAAAAAAAAAAUAAAAAAAAAAAUUGCCAUAAACCACAAACACAUUUGUAAUAUAAAAAAAGACUAGUGCACAGCUUAGAGCAGUGAUUCUCAACUGGUUUGGCUGCGGGACCCUCCAUCGGGUGAGCCGCAGCCGUGAGACACUGUCCCGCGCUUCUCCAGCAGAUAUCUGCAACUGUGUGUCGGACAGACGCCACGUUAAGUCCCCACUCGAGGUUAGCUAAAGUCGCCAUAAAACAUGGCACACGCCUCGUGGCGGCAUAACACAGACAAGUACGCGAGGUGCAUUGACGGGCAUCAGGUCACAGUAUUUAUUUCUUUUUUUGCCCAGCCACAAGCCCGCAACCCACUUGUGGGUCCACACCCACCAAUUGAGAAUCACUGGUUUAGAGGUCCACAGGAUUUGUGUUGCAUGCAAGUGUGCAAUGUUAUUUCAUGUUUUCCUGCGCUCAUAUUAGAACUAUUAUCAUUUCUCAUUUUCAAGUUUAGAAAAAUAAAAAGAAUUGAUUAUUUUUAUG